AUGUCUGAGAAAAGUCAAAAAAAUGGAUCUGAGACUUUUUCAAGUAAAUUAUAUUUGGAUGAACCAUCUACUGAUAAAGAAUUAUAUGGUGAUCAAUCAUUUGCUUUUGGUACAAUGCAAGGAUGGAGAAAAUCUAAUGAAGAUUAUCAUAAAGAAUUAAUGCCAUUUGAUAAUCAUUUAUGGAAACAUUGGGCUUAUUUUGCUAUAUUUGAUGGUCAUAAUGGAAUUGAAACAGCUAAAAAUGCAGCAAAUCUUCUUGAUAAAUAUCUUUUGGAAUCUUUUAAUGAAGUUAAAUCUGAUAUUGAUACUGAAAUAUUUAAUAAUAUUAUUAAAAAUACAUUUAUUCAAUUGGAUAAAAAUUUAAGUGGAAUAGUUAAAGAUGGUAGUGGUUCGGUUUGUAUAGCAUCUUUAAUUGGUCCAAAAAAAGUUUAUUUAAUUAAUGUUGGAGAUUCACGUGGAAUAAUUAUUUCAAAAGAUGGACAAGUUUUAUUAUCUACGAAAGAUCAUAAACCAAGUGUUCGAAAAGAACAAGAACGUAUUCAUCGAGCAGGAGGUCAAAUAACAAAAUCUCAAAAUGAUGUUUUACGUGUUGAAAAUCAACUUGCUACGAGUCGAGCAUUCGGAGAUUAUUCAUUAGAUAAACAUAUUAUACCAGCUGUACCUGAUAUAAUUGAAUAUCCAAGAGAUUCAUCAGCAUCAUAUUUAAUUCUAGCUUCAGAUGGAAUUUGGGAUGUGAUGAAUAAUGAACAAGUUGCUUCAUUUAUUUCUCAACGAAUAUCAAAUACAAGUUUAAAAAAUAUAAUAUCAGAAUUAUUUGAUCAAUGUUUAAAAGAAGAAUCUUCAGAUAAUAUGACUGUUUAUAUUGUUAAACUAGAUUAA